UCCUACAUGUAUCCAGAUUCUGUGCUAUCGUACAACGAACAUGGAAUAUGAUUCAAUUCUUCGUCAGCAUCAAUCACAACAUCAAUAUCUUGUUUCUCUCCUUGGAUAUAAUUCUAAACAAAAUCCUACUAAUUCUAUACCUGCUGCAAAUCCAAAAAAAACAAAACAUCUUCCUUCUUAUCCGAAAUUUCCAAUACCAGAAUGAGCAGGCCGAGCGUUAUUAAUUCUUCCCAUUAUAACUUUGCAGAGCCCCGAUUCUCUCCCCCUCUUAAUCUUCCCCUUCUCCUCUCUUCCUCCAUCUUCGCCCCAGUGUUUCUAUUUUCACACAGACCAGAUUAUCUCCGAGCUCUGAUUCAAUGGCUGCCCUCCCUCCCGGCUCUUUUUUCCUCGGAUUCGACUCAUCUACCCAGUAAGUAAAGUACCCUUUCUUCUCUUCUUCAAUUCUAGCACUCACUGAUUUGUGGGUUAUUUGAUUACUGUUUAAAGUUUGAAUCUUGAAACUCAAUUUUAUCUUCCCCUGUUUCCAUCGAACUUCGAAUAAAUGGCUGAUCGCACGAAUUUCUGGAAACUUUCUGAUAAUAAAAAAAGGUCGUUGAAGGCGACAGUGCUGGACUCCAAUCUGAACGUGAUCCAAUUGGAUCAAAUCCAUUUCGAUUCCGAUUUGCCCCAUUACAAGACCAAAGAUGGCGUCUAUAGAGACCCAUCCGACAGUGGCAGAAUCGUUUCCCCUACACUAAUGUGGAUCGAAGCUCUCGAUCUCGUCCUUCAACGCCUCUCCAAAUCCGGUUUGGAUUUCGGGAAAGUCGCUGCUCUCUCCGGCAGCGGCCAGCAACACGGCAGCGUUUACUGGAAGAAUGGCACCUCUUCCUUGCUCUCCUCUCUGGACCCUAACAAGCCAUUGUUGGAUCAAUUUCGCAAUGCGUUUUCGAUCGGGGAAUCGCCUAUAUGGAUGGAUAGCAGCACCACGGCGCAAUGUAGAGAAAUUGAGGAAGCUGUUGGUGGAGCGAUUGAGCUGGCUCGAAUCACUGGGUCUAGAGGGUAUGAGAGGUUCACUGGACCUCAGAUCAAGAAGAUAUUUCAGAAGCAACCUGAAGUUUAUAACGGUACCGAGAGGAUUUCACUUGUUAGCUCGUUCAUGGCGUCUAUUUUUGCUGGGAAGUAUGCUUCCAUUGAUCAUGCUGAUGGUGCUGGUAUGAAUUUGAUGGAUAUUGAGAAAAGGACCUGGUCUAAAGUAGCUUUGGAGGCUACUGCACCAGGUCUAGAGGAAAAGCUUGGCCCUUUGGCUCCAGCUUAUGCUAUUGUUGGCUCUAUUGCUUCUUAUUUCAUCGAAAGGUACAAGUUCAAUAAGGAUUGUUUGGUUGUGCACUGGUCUGGAGACAACCCCAACAGUUUAGCUGGUUUAACCUUGAGUGUUCCUGGUGAUCUGGGAAUUAGUCUUGGCACCAGUGACACUGUUAUCGGGAUAUCCAGUGAUCCAAAACCUGGGUUGGAAGGUCAUGUCUUCCCUAAUCCGGUAGACACAAAAGGUUACAUGGUAAUGUUAUGUUACAAAAAUGGCUCUCUCACUCGAGAAGAGGUGCGCAACAGUUGUGCACAGAGCUCUUGGGAGACCUUCAACAAACUUUUGGAGCAAACACCACCUCUUAAUGGUGGGAAGUUGGGUUUCUACUAUAAGGACCAUGAAAUACUUCCUCCACUCCCAAUUGGUUUCCAUCGCUACAUUCUCCAAAAUUUCAGCGGAGCGUCCCUAGAAGGGGUGAAAGAACAGGAAGUGAAAGAAUUCGAUCCUCCUUCAGAGGUAAGUUACCCUUCCGAAAGGCCCGUUCUACCUGUUUCUCCUACAGCCUCUACCGAAACUGACAUCCUCUUUGUUCAAAACAACCCUAAAUUUCAGAUUAGAGCAAUCGUCGAGGGCCAGUUCCUGUCAAUGAGAGGUCAUGCUGAGAGGUUCGGGAUGCCGGUACCUCCAAAGCGUAUAAUAGCCACAGGUGGAGCAUCAACAAACCAAAGCCUGUUGAAGUCGAUGGCAUCCGUAUUUGGCUGUGGAGUCUACACUGUCCAAAGACCUGAUUCUGCUUCUCUAGGAGCUGCGCUGAGAGCUGCACAUGGCUGGAUCUGUAGUAAGCAGGGCAGUUUUGUGCCGAUAGCAGACCUGUACAGCGACAAAUUGGAGAAAUCGUCAUUGAGCUGCAAGCUGUCGGCUAGUCCUGGAAGCAAUGAGGUGGCGUCAAAGUAUGGUGUGCUGAUGAAGAAAAGAAUGGAGAUCGAGAAGCGGCUGGUGGAGAAGUUGGGACGCUACUAGUUCUUGGACCAGAGAUCAUGUUUUCCUAGGCUCUUAGUACAUAGGUUUCAUCAUCACUCUUUUGUAGUAAGGAUUCUUUUUAAAUGUAGCUUUGUGAGGAAGUUGGCACUCAUUAAGAUACUUUUUUCUCACCAUGAAAGUCGCGAGCCACUCAACAAGGGGUGUGGUUGGAAUGAGGGAAGGGAUGCCUAUUUAUAGUGUUGGCAAUCACUCUUUGCAAGAAAGAGAAUGAUUGCUUGUCCUUCAAGAAAGAAGUUGCUUGAUCACCAAGGGAGAACAAGUUAUUUGGAAGAAAGAGAAAAAGAGAGCAUUUAAAACGAAGCAAAGUCUCGAUCUCAACCUCUAUUUGAUUCAUUCAAGUUAAUAACAUUGUGUACCC